CACGUGUCCGUGUGUGUGUGUCCGUGUGUGAGUGUGUGUGGGGGUGUGUGCAGCUCAGGAUUAGAUCCCUCACAUCUAAACCCUCAAACUGUGUCAUGUCAAACUGAUGCUCAGUGAAUAACCAUCAGUAGUCAUGAUGAACGCAGUGACCGCCGCCACCUGCCUGCUCGUCGCCGGCUUCAGCUGCUUCCUCUACGGCAGCGAUGUGCUCUUAUCGCUGCUCCGUGUCUCCGUUGCAGAGCCCUCCAUGCCGGAGCCGGGAGCUGCUCCAUGGCGGAGCCCGCAGGGAGUCCCCUACACCGACCUGCAGCACAUCGUCAACGCCGACGGACUGCACCUGUUCUGCCGCUACUGGGAGCCCGCCGGCCCGCCAAGGGCUCUGGUGUUUAUUGCCCACGGAGCCGCAGAGCACUGUGGGCCGUAUGAUGAGAUCGCACAGAGACUGAAGGAACUGUCCCUGCUGGUGUUUGCACACGACCACGUUGGUCAUGGUCAGAGUGAAGGCGACAGGAUGGUCAUCAAAGACUUCCAGGUUUUCAUCAGAGACUCCCUGCAGCACAUCGACCUGAUGAAAUCCCAACACCCGGACCUCCCCGUCUUCAUCGUGGGUCACUCCAUGGGUGGUGCUAUCUCCAUCCUGACAGCCUGUGAGAGGCCCGAUGAUUUUGCUGGAGUGGCUCUGAUAUCGCCGAUGGUCCAGAUGAACCCAGACUCAGCCACACCCUUCAAGGUUUUUCUGGCAAAGGUCCUGAACCACUUGCUUCCCAGCCUCGUACUGGGCAACCUCGACUCUAAAUGGAUCUCACGGGACAAGACGCAGGUGGAGGCUUAUGAUGCCGAUGAGCUGAACUACCACGGCGGGAUGCGGGUGUCGUUCGGCAUGCAGCUGAUGGGCGCCGCGGCUCGCAUUGAGAAGGAGAUCCCGUCCAUCGGCUGGCCCUUCCUGCUCCUGCACGGUGACACUGACAAGCUCUGCGACAUCAGCGGCUCUAAGAUGAUGUACGACAACGCUCCGAGCUCAGACAAGAAAAUCAAGGUCUAUGAGGGAGGCUUCCACGCCCUCCACCACGACCUCCCAGAGGUGGCCGAGUCCACGCUGAAGGAGGUGACCAGCUGGAUCACAGAGCGCCUCCCCGCCUCGUAGACUUGUAGCUUGUCCAACCCAGUCGACGCGCCAACGCACCAGCCCACCUCGUCCCAAGAGAUAGGUUCACUUUCCAGUGGUCGUUCGGGCUCAACAGUAUCACUACACCUUCUAUUCUGACAAAUACAUAGGGGGAACAAAAACUCUUCUCCUCAGUGUGAUAAAAUUGACUUGAAAUAAUACAGCCCUUGUCAACAGCCCACUCAUUUAAAUCAGGUGAUGGGGUCAGAAACCAUUUCUUUUUGUAGAUACUGAGCAGCAGUUGUCAGUAAAUCCUAGAAUCAUCUAUUUAUUUCAUCUGCAUCAGACCCUUUCCCAAGCGCAACUCAAGCUUAUUUAACUCAUUUAAGCUGUAGUCAAGUCUCCAUCUACGUGCAGGACAGAUUUUCUUUUUUAAAUUAGCAAUGUGAUAUAUCAGUGAUCGUUUCCCUCUGAGGUCAGAGGUCAGGAUCAGCUCGAGGACAUACUGUGGGUUCAGUGCAGGUUUAUUAGUUCAUAAAAAGCUCCUCCUGCUGCUUCACAAUAUUAGUGAAUUAGAUUUGCCGUCUCAGGUGAAACUGUCAUCUCAAUCUCUCAGUUUUCUCUCUUCCUCCACUGCCCUUUUGACCCAUGCAAUUCUUAUAGAGUUGCAUGAAAGCGUAUUGUGUAAACACUGGUGUCAUAUUCAUUUAGUUAACUUCCCCCACCAACCUCAGUUUUUUUGCAGUUCUUUUCUCCUCUUUAUAAUUUUCCCAAUACUACGUCGACUAAUAUUUCUUGGCGAGUGAAGAGAAAGCAGACUGACAGGUGAAUCUGUUUUGUGGGCCUUGUCUCUGCAUUACAGGGAGAGCGUACGGGUCGAGAGGUCAAAAGUUCUCUCCUCUCUGUGACCUUUGACCUUCAAUGUCAGUCACUGACUUCUCUGUUAAGAGUCACGCUUUGAAACCGUAACAUCAUUAAACUCCGGCUGCCGACUGGAGCACAGCUGGGAAACGAGAGGCACACAUUGAUCCGUUGAUGAGGACAAGGGUAGAUGUCCUUCACACACAUAGCAUCUGCCAUUUCACCAAUCCACUUUUGAGUUAUAUGGCUGAUUGAUUCCUCGCUUGGCCGAGCCCAGUGGGGAUCCAGCCUCUGUUUCAGAACAAUGACAUCUUUUUCUUUUUGGAAAACAGGAUGUUCAACAGAGUAGCUUACAGAUGACGAGGGACUGGAAAUUCUUGGCUUCAAAAGUACCCUUGAGGACUGCACCUACACACAACAUCAAUCUGUUAUGGAGUCCAUAUGUGUGAGAUGAUCAGGUUUUAAAUAACAGAUACAGGCCCACUGCUGCCACUGAGGACACUGGUGUGUUUUUACACAUGACUCAUUUGAGUCAACAUAUUGGCUUAGUUUGAGGGAAAGUUGGACCUUUGACCUCAGUGUUUCUAAAAUUCAGCCGACAGCUCUGCACGUGUUUUAUGUUCGAUCACAAGCAACAGGAAAAGUGCAUUUUUCAAACCUCUAAACCUGACCUGCAGUGAGGGGCUAAUUCAACCCAGGCUCCUAAUAGGGUUUCAACAAAACCACAGCAAUAAUAUCAUGGCAUCCUAGAUCUGUGGUAGCCGUUAAUUAUAAGCUACACAGACUCACACUGAGCUCAUCAUUGUAUAUUGUCGGGAAGACUGUAAUUAGCAGGUAUUGCUACAUGUGCUACCUCUGCCUACUCAUCAAGCAUGAGAACGUUUCAGCAGCAGGAGUUUCAAAGUUCGUCCACUGCCGACAUCAAACAUAAGGAUUAAACAUUAUCAUCUUUAUGGCGAUUCAACAUGUUAGUGUUUCUGUUUAUACAUGUCUUUACAUUUAGUGAUCGACUGUGUCACUCCAGGGUUGUAUUUAUUUUUUUCCGUCACUCUGAGUUCAAAGGGACUCAUGCAGGGAGUGUAAGGGAGGCACAGUGUAGUAUCCACGGUGACCGUUACCCACGCGUAACCACGGCAGCAGACCGUCAGCGGGGUAGAAUUUUUUAGUAACCACGGUGAUCACUGUAAGACAGAUUGAGUGAGAUAAAUGUCCCCUCUCUCUCUCUCUCUCUCUCUCUCUCUCUCUCUCUCUCUCUCUCUCUCACUUUCUCACUUUUCUCUCUCUCUGUGUCUCCUUGUCUUGCCCUGUUUGACCUCCUCUGGUCACUUCUUUUCUUCAGUUGGUUGGAGCAGUUCUCUUUGUUCUGUCCAUCACAGAGCCCCUUGUCCUACCACAGAUUCAAAUAUGUUUUACUGUCAGCGACCCACACUGCCCCUAGUGGUCAAUUGGCAGAAAAGCAGCAGGUCAAGUACAUUUCUUCAAUUUAUUUAUUUUUUAGCUGAUUUCUUAUAGUUCUUUUGGACAUGAGCUCUCAUUCAUUUAACAGAGGUCACAUCGCUUAAUCUGCCAUUGAUUCGGGUCAAGAAAGAAAUAAGCCGACAUUUCCGAGUCUUAAUGCAGGAGUGAGACCCAUAAUUUCGGGUUAAUUGAGUGAAAUCAUUGAAUUGCAGUGAAAAAUUUGAGAUUGAUAAGUAGGAAAAUUGAGCCAAGGCAAGUUUAAAAUGUACAAUUCCUACAAAAACGCAAAAUAGGGUGCUUCAUGUGAUAGAUAAUGCAUCAAAUAAGAAAUAUAGAUCACGAGAUGUUAAACUAAAAGAAAUCGUAGACACAGAUUUUAAAAAACAAAAACAAAUAAAAAGGAACAGCGGAGAUUUCAGGACAUAGGCGUCCUCUUCUCUUUUUUUCAGACCAGAUAUCAGGUCACAAUGCCACUGUUGCAGUGCAGAUAGAGAUGUGAUGACUUCCUCGAUCCCAGUAGGAAUCACAGCCACUUCAAACACAAUCUGCUGCUGAUUGAGCUGCAGCAGGCAUGAGACACACACAAAGGAGACACAGUCCCAGUUGUAUUCAUAUUCCUAAUAGCCCCCCUGCUGCACUGCAUCAGUGCAGUGGAUUUAACCUGGCAGGAGCCUAUAGGAACCUAACCUGUCAGACUACACAAGUGCAUAUUACCGCUGUGGUUAGAUAUGGGGGCGGAGAGAGUGAUUGAGAUGGAGUGAGAGGAGAGAGAGAGAAAGAUGGGAAGAGGGCUGUCAGUAACCAUGGUAGCACCUUUUUUCUUAUUUUCUCCCCCAGUUAAAUUAACCUUUGAAAACCAUGUUUUUGUUAAUGGAGCACACGUUGCUGCUCUUUCAGGGCUGGUUGUCCUUUUGCUGCUCUGAGGAUUCCCUUUUGUGUGAGCAUGGAGAUAAGAGAGCAAACAAUUAACAUCAUCAGCUCACAGUGAGCAAUAGGAGGUGCACACACAAACACACACACACACACACGCUCCCUGAAUUCAAAUUAGACUGGUCUGCUGUUUGAGCUGGGAACACAUGAUCUCCAAUAGGGCUGGGCGAUGUGCCCAAAAAUUAUAUCACUAUCAAAAUUUGUCAAUAUCGAUAAUUAUCUUGAUUAAUGUUAACAAUAUAUGGUGGACUUUUACUAUAUUGCUAUUGUUAAAGAAUGUAUUGUGAUAAUUAUUGAUGUUAUUUCAUUGUCCAGCCCUUAUUUCAAUUGAAGCAAAUGAUUAUUUGUUUGAGCUUUUGAGGCCCAAAUCUUUCAUUAUUUUUUGCGAAAGUGGUGGAGGAAGUCUUUGAGUGAAUAUAUUCCAUUUCUGCUCACCUUUAUUUAUGGUGUGCACCGAUCCUCACGUGUUGUAAAGCCAUGUAAACCUCCCAUGUCCAUGCCAAUAUCCUCUUCUCCCAGCAUGUAUGUCUACAUAAGCAUGAUGAGUAUGCAGGUUUGCUAUGCUGACAGGUAGCCAUGUACAGACACAGUGCUCUUUUAGUAUAUAUUCAUCUUUUUGUAUCCAGGACAGAGCUUCUAUAUUUAGUAAAAGAGAUAAUAACGAGGGCAGGAAACCAUAUAAUCGAAUUGGUCUUUUCUAAUCGAGUGAAACUUAUUUGUCCUGUCAGUUAGGUUUUUUUUUUUUUUAAUCUUGACUUUAUGACUGUUUCUAAGUGAAUAGCUGUUAUAUAUGUUGAAGGACUAAAGGCCACAGGCCAGAGAUUAAAGUGCACUGGGAAGGUUUGUUGCAAGGUUUGCAUGAAUGAAGUCAGUGCUCAUGUGUCAAUUGGAGAGGUUUUUUCUCCAAAAUGCUAAAAACAAUGAAAAAAUAAAUCACCUGAGGACCUAAUCAAGUAACCCCUACUUGAUAUCUGUAAAAUACAGGCGACCCAAGCUGUUAACGUGUAAUAAUUUCAUACACUGAAAACUUGCUUUGAUAAUGCAUUUUGGAAUAAGACCAAAUUCAAGUCAUGCUGUUUUUUUUUCAAUCAACAUUAUUAACAAAUUAGAUUUAUUUGUAGUGAGUGAACUGCUUGUAAUACACUGUAUAAGAGCAUAACAUUGCUAACAACACUUGAUGGAAAUACACAAAUCUUUUUUUUCAUCUUGUUUAGAGUAUUUAAAUGAAUUAAUUUGAAGUAUAUAUGUUACUAAGUCACUUUUUUAUACUAUGAAGCAGAUACAUGUAAUUUUUUUCUGUUGUUGCACAGCCACAUGAAGAUUCAUAACACUUUCUGAGGUAGAGGCAGGUUCAGGAUUGUGCUGUAUGCGCAUGUAAGAUUGAAAAAUGAACGACAGUGUUUCUAACUGGUUCUUGUUGAGUAUUUUACCACUGUGUGUUUUAAGUUGCCGUAGUGUUGAAAACCCACGUGUCUCGUCGCAGUUUGUCAGAGAACGAUGAAUGUUAAAAUCAACUGAUAUUAAUAUUCUUUUAUUUUUUAACAACUUAUAUUUCUAUAAGUUUGGGGAAAUUCUUGUUCUUCUGUCCACAAUUUGACUUCACUAUAAUCUCUUCUUACAAUUUUUAAAUUGUUAAAACUGUCUCAUAACAAAGUCAGUUUGGUCACAAUAAAGUAUGUUUAAAGACUAAAUUGCAAAUAUCAGGUUUUCAUCCAAGAGCUUCUUGUUUAUUAGGGAAAAAAACUCAGAUAUAUUUCCUUCAAUAUUCCACAUUUUAUGGGAACAUGUGUUGUGUGUUGAUCUAUUUUUGGAUUGUGGUCCAGUGUCUUUUGUGCCUUAUUACAAUGACGAAUGUGUAUCUAAGCAUCUGGUUCUCUGACUGUUGUUAUAUCUGUCUCUGUUUCUGGUUGAGCAAUUGCGUCCAUCUGCUUGUCUUUUUCAUGUCCGUCAUGUCUGUCUGUCGCUCUCUGUCCGUGUUUCUGUCCAAUCAGGAGUCUAAGCAGAUUUAGGUCAUAAGCUGUUUCUGAAUCUUUCAGGAAUUGACACAAAUCAAAACAGUUGUUAAUCUGCUUUGAUACGCCCACAGUAUCAAGAAACACAGAAGUUAACAUUAAAGAGGACUGUCUCUGCUGCGGUUACUUUAAUGGAACGAUGACUAAAUAACAUGUGGAACGUGCCUGUUCUCCCUCAUUGAUUUCCAGCAGUGAACAACAGGAACCAGAUAUGGGGUUUAUGAGUCCAUCGCGGUUACUGUUUUGUAUUGAAUGGCUGCAUUCCUUCUCCUUGUCCUUAUUUGUACAUGUUUGUGCUGGGAGGCUUUUGUAAAGGGGAAGGGGGUGGCAAUGCAUUUCAAAGUUCCUGAGUCAAUCCAGAAGUGUUCAGAAAAUAAAUAAAAUCCAUAUGUCGAAUAAUAUUUUCAAACACAAAGUUGAGGCUAGUUAAGCAAAAACUAUGAAGUGACAUAGCAUUCAAAUAUUCACAGUUGGCAGAUCUGAAGACAAACUUUAACAUGGUUUGUCUUCACCCUCACUGUGUAUUGAAUCUAUUCUUCCCUGUUCAUGAAUAAACAAAACCUUAUUCAUACUUACUGGUAAAGAUGCAACGUCACCUUCAAGGAUUUUCGUCUGUGGAGGAAAACCCAGCUAUGUGAUGUAAAACCUCGGAAGAUGAAGUGUGAACUGUCGAGAAUAUAGCAAUGCUCCUCCCAGCAGAGACAUCCAGUAUUAAUGUGAUGGAGUUAAAAGUGCUGAAGAAUAACAUGACAUCCAGCAUCAUUACUCAUGAGAAGGGAGUUGGUGUUUUCAGGCAGCACAUUAUGGACCACAUGAAGAUCGUGUUACAUCACAUUCUGGAGUCUUCCUUAUAAAGUAAUGUGUUGUUUGAUUUAUUGCUGUUUUACUGGAUGACCCUUGAUUUGAAGGGUCCAGUGCUGAUAGUCAACCUCAACAGUGCAUGAUUAGUUGAAUAGCAGUGUUGGACAGUUUCAUUCAAGUGGAAAAAAACAUUGUAUAUAAGAUGUAUAUAGUCUAAUGUAAUAAUGGACAUAUUCUCAAUCACUGACGGCCAAACUGCUUGUUACUAGAAUGUUCAUACUCUUUGACAGAAUAAAUGAUAUGACUGUU